AUGGAGAAUUACUCUGCAAAAUUUCUCUCUAUCUUCGCUUUUCUCCUCCUUUCUCUACUCUCUUCGGCCGUGGCAUUGCUCCGCCCGCCGUCGAUUGGGGCAGAGAAGCUAAUCCGAGACCUCAACUUGUUCCCUAAUAAACCGAUCAAUGUGGUUGAUUUAGAACGUGAAAAUGCUAGUUAUUUUUCCUCUGGUCAUAAUAUUGUCGAGUGGCGUGUUAAGUUUCCCAAUUUGGUUGAUCCUAGAGGAGUUUCGCUCGAGGACCUGGGGCACCAUGCUGGUUACUACCAGAUUCAGCGUUCUCAUGCCGCUAAGAUGUUUUACUUUUUCUUUGAAUCACGUAACAGCAAAGAAGAUCCUAUUGUCAUCUGGUUGACCGGUGGACCAGGUUGUAGCAGUGAGAUGGCUCUUUUCUAUGAGAACGGACCUUUCACCAUUGCCAAUAACCUAUCUCUUGUAUGGAAUGAGUAUGGGUGGGAUAAGGUCUCGAAUAUUUUGUAUGUUGACCAGCCUACUGGGACUGGCUUCAGCUAUAGCUCUGAUAGACGUGACAUGAGGCAUGAUGAAAAGGGUGUCAGCGAUGACUUGUAUGAUUUUUUACAGGCUUUCUUUAAGGAGCAUCCUGAUCUUGCAAGUAAUGACUUUUAUAUUACUGGAGAGUCAUAUGCCGGGCACUACAUUCCUGCUUUUGCUGCUCGCGUUCACCAAGGAAACAAAGCAAAAAAAGGAAUUCAUGUAAAUCUGAAGGGUUUUGCUAUUGGAAAUGGGCUCACAGAUCCAGGAAUUCAGUAUGGUGCUUAUGCUGAUUAUGCACUUGACAUGGGAAUAAUUUCGCAGUCAGAUCAUGAUCGUAUCAAUAAAGUGCUUCCACUGUGUGAAUCAGCAAUAAAGCUAUGUGGCACUGAUGGGACAGUCUCUUGCAUGGCUGCCUAUUUUGUUUGCAAUACCAUAUUCAGUUCUAUCAUUGCUCGUGUUGGCGAUUUGAAUUAUUAUGACAUUAGAAAGAAGUGUGAAGGCAGCCUCUGCUAUGACUUCUCAAACUUGGAGAAAUUCCUCAACCAAAAGUCUGUCAGGAAUACACUUGGAGUUGGGGAUAUAGAGUUUGUGUCCUGCAGUACUACUGUGUACCAGGCCAUGCUUACUGAUUGGAUGAGAAAUCUUGAAGUUGGUAUCCCCUCUCUUCUCGAGGACGGUAUAAAGUUGCUGGUGUAUGCUGGAGAAUAUGAUCUUAUUUGUAACUGGCUUGGUAACUCGAGAUGGGUUCAUGCAAUGGAAUGGAGUGGGCGGAAAGAGUUCAUAGCAUCCUCUGAAACUCCUUUUGAAGUUGAUGGUUCUAAAGCAGGAUUGUUGAAAAAUCACGGGCCUCUCAGUUUCUUAAAGGUCCAUGAUUCCGGACACAUGGUUCCAAUGGAUCAGCCAAAAGCUUCAUUAGAGAUGCUGAAGAGGUGGAUACAUGGCUCGCUUUCUGAACUGAGUUUGAUUUCAGUUCGGAACCCGUUGUUCCUCUCUCAGCAGUCGCCGGCGCCGCUAUCUGUUCAGGCCAUUCUGCCCUGGUUCAGCCACUUGUCAGCUAGGGUUUCACGUCGUCCUCUCUCCUCGCGAACUGCAGUCGCCGGUUUCCCAUUCCAGUCGCCCCCUGUUUCACGAGUUGCCGUCGCCCUUCCCUCGCGAGCUGCAGUCACCAGUUCCCAUUCCUGUCGCCCUCUGUUUCGCGAGUGUCGUGAGAAUUUCAUGUUGUCCCACAGGAACAGCUUUGUCUUGAAUAUCAGCAUCUGCCUGAACUUUUUUGGGCCCCUCGCAACGCAAGAAACUGCUGAAGAACCUGAAACUUUUCCAGAUUGA